CUGACGGCGGGAUGAAUAUGAUAUUGUACACGUAGUGGGAGUGACCGAUGGGAGUGUCUGCGAACGUCCGUUGGUGGGAGACGUCGAAACGCUCGCGCCUCUCGUCGGCGGGCGCGUCGGGCUGUACGCGUUGUCGAGCGGGCGUCCGUGGACCGUCCGUCCCCGAAGCAUCAGUGGCAGUAGCAGUAGUCGGCUCACAUCCGCGGUCCGGACGCGCACGAUGCGAUCGAAACACUGUAACGUCGGGCGCGCUAUAAACCUGCGGCGGUAAACGAAUCGAGAACAAAAUCCGAUCGGAACAGUACAACUGCGUUGCGAAUCUCGUAUAUCGAUCGAGACGACGUACUGCAGAAUAUUCUACACAUAAUAAUAUCGUAUUUUGAAAAGAAAAAAUAAACAAGACCGUCGCGCAUUUUUCCGCCGCUCCGUAGCCUUACGAUAAUAUGCGCUUGGUGCGGAUGACGUCGGACCACAGCAAGAAGAGGCGCCGAGGCCCGUCUUCGGCGGACCAACACGGCGCGGCCACCGCCUCGUCGUCGUCGUCGUCGUGCUCGCCCCCGUCCGAGGACCUGUGGUGGACCGAGGCGGCCGUCAACGAGGUGACCGCCGAGCACCCGGGCGAGCUAGUCCGCACCGGCUGUCCGUACAUGCUGUGCAGCGCGCUGCCCACGCACUGGCGGUCCAACAAGACGUUGCCCGGCGCGUUCAAGGUGGUCAUACUGUCCGAGGUGCCGGACGGCACGGCCGUCACGCUCAAAGCCGGCAACGACGAGAACUGUUCGGCCGAGCUGCGCAACUGUUCCGCCCUGGUCAAGAACCAAAUCGCCAAGUUCAACGACUUGAGGUUCGUCGGGCGCAGCGGACGAGGGAAAAGUUUUACCAUUACCAUUACGGUUUCAACGUGUCCACCUCAAGUAGCAACAUAUAACAAAGCAAUCAAAGUUACUGUGGACGGACCUCGAGAGCCUCGAUCAAAAUCUCGUCCCCCUCAUCAAUUCCGUGGAUUGGGCCUCGGCCAGAGGCCCUUUAUGGAGAAUGCAUCGUUUUCCAAUCAUUUGCGGGAGUUGGAUACAUAUCGUCGAGUGAAGACCGAAGAAUCACCCGUCCUCGAACAAUCGUAUCGGUCAACAAACAAUCAAGAUGAACAUUCGGACAUACCCGUCGGCGUAACCGAGUCGAACAACUGGUGUAGCUAUUCGACGUCGUCGUAUUCGCCGAGUGCUGCUCCACUCGGAGGAGCUCCAUACGUCGCGUAUCCUGACGCUACUGGACCUGCCGCAGCCAUGGCAAUGGAAACUCCCUCGACCUUGUACGGAGGCGGUCAUCAGGAUGUCCAGCAAAACAAUCACAUGACAGACUUUUGCGGCACGCACCAACAACACCAACACCACCACCAACAACAACAACACCAGCACCAUCAACAGCAGCAACACCAACAGGAACUCAUAAAACCGGUGCUCCAUCACCAGGACGUAGUGGAAACGGGCGGCGGUGGAGGCUAUUACCCGUCGUCUUGGCCGUCCGCGGAACACCACCAUCACCAUCAUCCGUCGUCGUACCAUCAUCACCAUCACCACGCGGCCACGGUCGCGUACCAGUACAACGCGGCAGUGGUGCCGGCGCCACCGCCGGUGCCGCCGCCGCCGCCCCCGCACCAUCCGGUGCAGAUGACCGCCGAACCGCCGCCGCCCGUGCCACCGGCCACCACGAUGGUGCUGUACCCGCACCUGUACUCGACGGUGAACCAGAACCAGAUACACCUACACCUGCACGCGCCGCCGUCCGCGGCCGCCGAACAUCAGUUGCAGCAGUUGCACAUCAACAACAACAACAACAACAACAACAACAACAGCAGCAGCAUCAAGGACCACGCGUCCGCGGCCGAACACCAUCACGGCCACCAUCAGUACGUCGUGGACGACGUGGCCGCGUUGGCCGCCGUGGCGGCCGCCGGAAAUCCGGCCGCACAGUUGGCCAUCAGCGCGGCCGGCGGCGGGGCGAACGCGCGCGGCGGCGGCAUCGAAAUCGGACUGUUACCGCUACCCCCCGCCGCGCCGCUCGACGAACACCAUCAGUCGAGCGACAUCAUAUCCAUCGGCGGCCGGUACGGCGACCGACAGCAACAGCAGCAACAGCACACCGACCUGGCCGUCUGGAGGCCUUACUGAUCGGCUGCGUCGCCACUUGUUUUUAUUCACAUCGUAUCGCUAUGCGCAGAGGAUCUAUAAAGCGGCGAAGGUCCAAAACGUGUUAAGUCGUCGACUGUAUACGUCGACCGUCAUACCGUUUUACAGCGAUGGCGCUAAACUUAUUAUUAUUAUUAUUAUUAUUUUUUUUUUUAUCGUCUAUAUCAGGGUGGUCCAAAAUUUUGACGGGCCAAUUUUCACUUUUACUCUGUGAGCGGCCUGCAAAAGAAUAAAAAUAAUGUGAUGAUAAGCAUUGUUUUUAGAAGCCAAUUUUUCAAAAUCGAUUGAACACCCUGAUGUGGUGGUUAAUCAUCUAAUGCGCUCGUUUCUGAAGACGAAUCAUUAUGAUUACGGUUUCUUGAUUUAGACUUUGUUAUAAAUCCAUAAUAGAAAAGGCCGAUUCAUAAAAUACAUUCGUACUUCCAAAUAAUGACAAAAACUCCGUUAUGUUAGGGGGAGGGACCAAAAUAAAUGCUUCGUGGGCCGCGGGUUGGACCAUCCUGAAUUAUAUUAUUGUACUGUGUAAACGGUGUAUUGGUUAGUGAGUGGGUAAAACGACAUUUUAUUUUGUAUGGUAUGACGUAAUACGAUCGUUUCGAAGACGUCUUUUGACCACACGAGUGAGAUUAUUUUUCAUUCAUUAUUAAAUUAAACCCGAUAAUUAGAAAUUAUUUAUGAAAUAUCUAAUGAAUUGGUCUGAAUCUAAAAUUUUUUUUUAAGAAUUUAUGGCCAUUUUUCGUAAAAUUCAUAUUUUUAACAAAGCUAACUUUUAUUUAAUCGCGACAAGUUGUAGGUAUUGUGAUAAAUGAUUUCAAAAUAACUGUAAAAAGUUUUUCGUAAACUAUUGGCUCCUCGAGAAAAAUUUUCUCGUGGUCUAUAACUGUCAUAUCAAUUCACUAAAAAUUAAAAACAAAAAUUAUUUUCAUCGGGUAGAGUUUAAUGAUUUGCAAAAUUAAUAUUAUUAAAUUCAAAAUCUCAAACGAAGUAUAGGAAAAUCUCUCGUGGACGUCUUCCACUGCUUAAAACGUCGUAUAUCCCUUCAGUGACAACUGUUGCUUGUAUCAUAACAUUUACGAAAUUUAUAAUUAAUACUAUCGAAAGCUCAACACCGAUUACAAACCAAUACACCACUAGCUAUGAUUCUAAUAUCGUAUUAAAUGUAUUACUUACUGAUCGUGCGAGCGAUCGCUGAAACGGUAUCGAAAUCCGUUCGCCUUUUUCGUUCGUCCAUUUGAGCGCGCGUCAAACUAUUCCUCGGCGCACGCAUUCCGACGUAUCUCAUCGUUUUCUUUUCCUUAUAAUAUAAUAUAAUGUUGUAUUGUAUACUUACUAUUAAUUAUAAAUUAUAAUAUUUAAGUUUUGUACGCACGCGUGUCCCACGAGUGAGUGUACUAUUAAACUUAGAAAAUCAAAAUUAUCAUACUUCUUAGUAUAAUAUUAUUACUUAUGUAUAAUUAUUAAUACUAUUAUUGUAUUUUGUUGAUUUAUUUAUAUAUUAAUGUAUUAUUAAAUGUACUACUUGUGAUA